AUGAAAUCUCUCUUCUACAGCCGUUUUUUCAUAUUGCUUCCAUGGGUCUUGAUCGUUAUCAUCAUGAUCGAUAUAGAUACAAAGAGAUCCUCAGUUCGAAACACUGCGCACUUCUACCUCUCCCGACUGGGGAGCGCUCAACGCGAGGUUCGGACUGUUCAAACUAGCUCCGCGACCAACCGCACCGUUCUCCCAACCAUUUACGCCAUCACCCCCACUUACAGCAGAGCGGUGCAGAAAGCAGAACUCACCCGUCUCGCAAACACCUUCCGUCAAGUACCACAGUUUCACUGGAUCGUAGUUGAGGAUUCAAACGCGCGGACAGAGUUGGUGUCGCGCUUUCUCGCCCGUUCGGGGGUGCAGUACACACACUUGCACAUUUUUACACCGCGCAGAUUUAAGCGGACCGGGAUGCCCCGGGCCACCGAGCAGAGGAACGCUGCUCUCGGGUGGCUGCGGAUGCAUCGCUCGUCAAAGGACAAUGGAGUUGUUUUCUUCGCGGAUGAUGACAACACAUACAGCCUGGAAUUAUUUGAAGAGAUGCGAUCAACACGACGAGUGUCAGUGUGGCCCGUGGGGCUGGUGGGGGGUCGUAGGUAUGAGCGCCCCCUGGUGGAAAAGGGAAAAGUGGUGGGCUGGUACACAGGUUGGAGGGCAGACCGGCCGUUCGCCAUCGAUAUGGCAGGUUUUGCAGUGAAUCUCCAGGUGAUUUUGGCAAACCCCCGCGCCUUGUUUAAGAGAAGAGGGGCCAAGCCAGGCAUGCAGGAGUCCGACUUCCUCAAACAGAUCACCAGAGUGGAAGACCUGGAGCCCAAGGCCAAUAACUGCACACAGGUCCUGGUUUGGCACACUCGCACGGAAAAAGUUAACCUAGGCAACGAACCCAAAAGACACCAAGACUCUGUCUUCAUUGAAGUCUAA